AUGGGAGGCGCUGGAGGGGCGGCGGGGGCGGCGGCAGGCGUCGGGGGGCGCCGGAGGGCGUGGCGUGUGACGUCACCGCGCGCCGCGCUCAGUCGGUCAUCACCCGGCGGUCGGAACGGUCGCGGCGACGCGUCGCCUUUUCAACCCCGAAGUACGAUAGAAAGUCGCCAAAAUUUUCGACCGGCAGUACCACUCACCCUCCAAGGUGUUGAAGUUGGAGGACGACCCUUGGGGGUCAUGUGCGAUGUACUCGCCGGACAAGAUGAAGUCCGGCGGGGGUCUGAUGGCCCCGCCGGGCUGCUUUCCGGCGCGGUACAGCCCCACGUACCGCACUACCGACCCGCGGCGGUGCGUGCCCAAUCCCUCGGUGAGUACACGCCUUUAAUGCCUCUACCUGCCAUGUCUCUCAUUUCAGGUACAAACAGAGCCUUAUCGUGGCUCUUUAAAGCGAAGCAAUUGUAAUUAAUGAAACGAGAUGGUGAUAUAGUGGUGUCUCACUUGUCAUGCCUUUCAGGGAUUCAGGUACCAUCGCGAGAUCUUAUACCAUGCAAUUGCGUUGGUUAA